AACUGCCUCUACCAGUCUCUUUAACCAUCACCCAACACCAUGGCCACCACUCCACCUCGCUGGCAAGAAAAGGCCGCUGCCAAGCGCCAAGCCAUUUUCGAAGCCAUUCCCGCCCAGUGGCGAAUUCAAGAACGGCUUCCCUCCGACGAUGAACAGCCCGACGUGACGGGCAAAUAUAUCCAGCAAUACCUGACCGACCGCGAGAUCGAGAUCACCGAGUGCGAUGCUCUCUCAAUCACGGAGCGGACAACGACGGGGGCAUGGACCGCCCUCGAAGUGACGGAAGCGUUCUGUCAUCGAGCAGCCAUAGCUCACCAGCUGGUAAACUGCCUCCUGGAGAUCUUUUUCGACCAGGCCAUCACCUCCGCGAAGGCACUGGACGCCUACUUCGCGGAACACAAGAAGCCUUUGGGCCCGCUGCACGGCCUACCCGUAAGCCUCAAGGACCAAUUCCACAUCAAGGGCGUGGAGACAACAAUCGGCUACGUAGGCUGGAUCGGGACCUUUGAAGGCCAACGCAAGCUCGAGACCUCCGCGCGUACCCACGAAAGCGAACUGGUGCGCGAGCUCCGCAACCUGGGGGCCGUGCUCUUCUGCAAGACCAGCGUCCCGACCACGCUCAUGGCCGCGGAGACGGCCAACAACAUCGUCGGCUACACCUGGAACCCGACGAACCGCCACCUCUCCGCGGGGGGAAGCUCCGGGGGCGAGGGCGCGCUGAUCGCCCUGCGCGGGUCGCCGGCCGGGUUUGGCACCGAUAUUGGUGGGAGCAUACGCCUGCCUGCGACCUUCAAUGGCAUUUUCGGUCUGCGGCCCUCAGCGGGGCGCAUGCCGUACGAGGGCGCCGCAAAUACCAUGGAUGGCCAGAAUUGCAUGCUCUCGGUCGUGGGCCCCAUGGCGACCACCGCGCGCUCGCUGAAGUUGCUCUUUAAGGCUGUCUUGCUGCAGGAACCGUGGUAUCAUGAUCCUUUGGCCCUGCAGUUACCCUGGCGGGAGGCCGUCGAGCAACAGGCUGCGCGAGAUCGGCUCUGCUUUGGGAUCAUGUACGACGACGGCAAGGUGCAGCCCCAUCCUCCUGUUAAGCGGGCACUGGCGUUGGUUAGGCGGCUGUUGGAAGCCCAGGGCCACCGGGUAAUCGAAUGGAACCCUCCCAGCCAUCAAACGGCAUUUGACAUUGCGAUGCAAAUAUUCCACCUAGACGGAAGAGCAGACAUCCAAGCCCACCUCGCGCUCUCCGGCGAAGAGCAGCGCGCAGAAUGUUUCCUGCAGCCCAGCGAGCCACAAAACGCCAUGCAAAUCGCAGCUUUGAACAUUCAGAAGCGCCAGUAUCAGAAGGAAUAUCUGGUAUACUGGAACUCGACGGCCGCACUGACAGGGACUGGCCGUCCGGUUGACGCGCUCAUUUGUUCCACGUGUCCCUAUGCGGCUUUCCUCCCUGGUCAAUACAAGCACGGGGAUACGCCCUUUGUCAACGUGCUUGAUUACCCCGCCGUGGUGUUUCCUGUGACGUAUGCGGAUAGGGUGGUGGAUAAGGCGGAGAGGCCGGAUGUGUUUUUGAGUGAGAUGGAUGAAGUGAUUCAGUCUCAGUACGAUUGUGACGUUGCUCAUGGUGCUCCUGUUGGGCUGCAAUUGGUUGGUCGUCGCUUGGAGGACGAGAAGGUGUUGGCGUUGGUAGAGUAUGUUGGUCGCUUGCUACAGAAGGAUACACAAAGUACAUGAUUAUGAGGUUGCUACUUUUCUUUGGGUUGAGAGACUAGUGCACUUGUGAACUGAAACCAAUUACCUAGUGGUCUGCAUGACUUCCUGGACUGCAUACUCGCUUCCCUGUCUUUGAUUCAGGUACUCAUCUUAAUCUCUUUCUUGAGUUGUAAUCACAAUGGGU